GACUACAAACAAAGAUCGUUUAUGGUUAAGAGGUUACGGAAAUACAGGCUAAGCUCUUUCCACGGGGAUUCCGUCGAGUUUUUAAGGAUUUUUGGUAUUAGAAAGAAAGGAAAUCCACAAAAAAAUAACACUGUUGGGACUGAUAGGCACCAUUUGACUGACGGGCUCCGGUAUAUAAUGUUUACCGUCCCUUGAAUUAGGGGCAGAGCGAUACCUCUAACUCAACCUCAACCGACGUCGACAACCUUCCCAAGAUUCCUCGCUUCAGCGUGUGGCCGUCUGCGGUCGUUUCAAACAUGGAGGAGAGCGAAAGGGAGUACGUGAAACCUGAGCGUGAACAGACGAUAGCAGCAGCAGCAGAAGCAGCAGCAGCAGCAGCAGCAGCAGCCUGUUCAAGUGCAACACCAGUACCGGGGCAUGACCCGGCGGCAGAGAGUAAAACCGGGGACGAUGACGCAGAUAAAUUAGAUGUCUGCUCUGACAAGUUCGACCCUCUCUUUGCCUUGUACUCUCCGGCUGUGUCGCUGCCGUUCCCGAACAUGAAAUGUUUUAACAAUGUGGCCGAGUACGAGAGCUUCCUGAAGGGCGGCCGGGGCAGAGCCAAACCGGAGAAUGUGGAGAAGCGGCGGCUGAGGGCGACGAAAGGGGUGGCGGACCCGGAGCGCAUCGAGAGGCUGAAGAAGCUCAUGGUGAACAAACCGCAGCCAGAGUCGGGGGAGGGGGAGGGCAGCGGCGCGCCGCGGAGGGGGAGGACGCAGAAGCCCCAGAAAAAUGUCCUGACAAGGAUGCCCUUAUGUAAAGGCAGCCCUCUGGGUGAGCUGUACCGAUGCGUUGAGGAGAGGAUAAGGGUCAAAGUUCACAUCAGGACCUUCAAGGGACUGAGGGGCGUGUGCUCUGGCUUCGUCGUGGCCUUCGACAAGUUCUGGAACAUGGCAAUGGUAGAUGUAGAUGAGACAUACAGAGAGCCUCUGCUUGGAGAGGCAUUCUACCAUGAGAAAGCCCUCACCAUUUCACGGCUCUUUGACAAGCUAAAGCUCCAGGAAAGCGCAGGGGGUGAUGAGCCCGCAAAGAAGCACGAAGCCCGGGAACAAGCCAGCGAGCAUCCGUCUGUAAACCCCAAAGCUACCCCUAAAAGCCGGUCUUCCUACCCUACCAGCAGGAAAGAAUCCGUGCUGUUGGACGCCAUCAAAACCGAACAGGAUAAACUCAAAGUCUCGCUAAAGGCCCAGGGCCCAGAGGCCUGUCAGAAGAAGGACUCCCAGACGUAUGGCAAGGUCCACACACGCCACAUCAACCAGCUUUUCAUCCGGGGUGAGAGCGUCAUCUUGGUUAACCCACAGCCACUCUCUUCUGUUUGAUAUUUACCCUGGACAAAACAUCGGAUUUCCAAAAAAACGUGCUACAACUAUAUUUGAAUUUAAAUAAUGUUUACUCCGAACAUCUGCAAUAAUAGAUGUGUGUAGAUGAAGUGUCAGAGAGAUCUCUAUGAUUUAAUUAGAUUCGGAAGAAUCAAACAAGGAUUGUUGUUAUAUCAUAUUGAUAUGUAGGUUUUUCUCUGCUCACCAAGAGAAAUCCUCUUGAUUUUGAGAAAUAAAAGCUUCUCAGUUCUAAUUAUA